AUGAUCUCCUUCGACUCCGCUGCCCUGGGCCUGCCCGACUGGUCCCUCUUCAAGUUUCCUCCCCCAGCAGACGCCGGCUUCAUUCCCCCACCACCGCCCGGCACCACCUCUUUUGCUCCUCCCUUCGAGAUCCCCGACCACAUCUACCAGGCCGUCCUCGACCCCAAGGUCCCUCUCACCAUCGCCGCCGUCUAUGCCAUCUCGGCCAAGCUCCUCAAUGCCUACAACAAGUCCACGGGCAAGAAGCCCUGGGGCAUCAGCAAGACCCUUCCCUUCAAGUGGUUCGUGAUCGCCCACAACAUCUUCCUCGCCGUCUACUCCGCAUGGACCUGGUGGGGCAUGUUCAACGCUCUCCGCCGCACUGUUGUCAGCCCUCUGGGCCCUACUGGCGUCUCUGGCUUUCUCGACUCCAUGUGCCAGAUCAACGGCGAAAGUGGUGCCGGUAACGCUAUCUUCUGGGACGAGGCCGCUGGCUCCUGGCAAACCUUCACCGCUGACGGCGUCAUGGUCGCCAGCGCUGAGCCCAGCCGUUAUGCUGCCGGUCGCAUGUGGAACGAGGGUCUUGCUUUCUACGGCUGGUUGUUCUACCUCAGCAAGUUCUACGAGGUCUUUGACACGCUCAUCAUCCUCGCCAAGGGCAAGCUCAGCUCGACCCUCCAGACUUAUCACCACGCUGGUGCCAUGAUGUGCAUGUGGGCUGGUAUGCGUUACAUGUCGGUUCCUAUUUGGAUCUUCGUGUUCUUCAACUCCUUCAUCCACGCCAUGAUGUACACCUACUACACUGUCACCGCUUUCAACAUCCGCGUCCCAAUGUUCAUCAAGCGCUCUCUUACCUCGAUGCAGAUCACCCAGUUCCUCGUCGGUGGUUCCGGUGCGAUGAUCCACUCUUUCAUCUACUACACCAUCCCCGUCAUGGCUGGCGAGUCUGUCUCUGCUUCCUCCGCCGCUGCCAGCGCUUCUGCCGCCGCCAACGCCUCCGCCGGUCUUGUUGGCAGCAUCAAGAACUCUUUCGGCCGCCAGGUCACCCCUUGCAUCACCUCCAGCGGCACCACCUUUGCCAUCUGGCUCAACGUGUUCUAUCUCACCCCCUUGACCUACCUCUUCGUCUCUUUCUUCAUCGAGAGCUACCUCCGCCGCAGCAACGCCCCCGCCAAGAACGUCAAGAACAGACGCCUUAGCAACAGCGUCGCCAUUGCCGAGAAGGCCGGCUGGGAGGCUGCCAAGAACGUUGAGCGUGAGGUCUAUGGCGAGAGCAACGAGGGUGCUGCCAAGAAGGGCAAGAACGGUCGUGUCCUCCGCAACAGAAACUAG